GUACCGAUACAGAACGAACAAAAACGGAAGUCAUCUCGUUGACGGUACGCCUAAACGGUAUAAAAGUUAGAUCUUCUUAAUCUGAAACCGGGUCGGUAUAGGAAUCGGGUGGCCAUCCUCGGGUUCCCGCUCUGUUUCCACACCAACUCUUCUUGCUCCACAGUCCCCAAUCCCUUGAACAGACCCCGCGACUCGUGGCCGCGAGUCUAAUCUGAUAAAUGGAGACCGCCAGACUGAUCGCAAUUUCAGACCUAGUCAACGAAGGCCGUGCCAUCACCGGUGCAUCGUCCCUAUUCUAUUCAUCGUCUCCUCACAGUAGAAACCCUCAAUCACGUCCCGGUUCGAAAUUUCUCUCACCGCUGAACUACCCGGCGGUUAUCGACGGGACGCUAGCUCUUCCUUCCGAAACCCUAAAAUGUCCGAAUCGCUACUGCUUUCGAUUCACAGACGGCGUCUCGACGAUCUGCUGCGACAUCAUCGGUUUCGAAACCCGCGCGAUUGGGAGCAAGAUUCGUCUUCUUUCUUGGAACUUCAUUCCUUUCAAGAAUCAUCGCCGCGGCGGUGGGGUUUUGGAGAUUAUCAAGUGGAGAUUCGUGGACGACGAUGCUGUUGAGUUGCUUUCUCGGUGGUGUUCGCUUCCAUUGGUUCCUCAUCGGAGCUCAGUAGUAGAAGAGAAUGGCGGUGGUGGGGGUAAGUCACGGUAUAGCGUCCGUGGUGUGUUGGAGUCUGUUAGCCCUGUUUCUCUUGUUCCUGAUGCUUCCGUUAACCUUCCUGUGAAGGGUUUUUUAGUAAAGGUGAUGGCUUGUGAGUGUAGACGGAAGGAUGUGUUGGAUUCGAUUGAUUGUUCUCACUGUUUUGACAAGCCAUUCUUCGUUUACUUCUGCGGUUCUGUGGCUGCCACUUGGCACCCUGCCAUGGUCAAGUUAGUUGGAAGAAACAUUGCUCUAUCGGGGAUGAAGAAGAAGUUGGUAUAUAUAAGCAAAUGUGAUUCUCUCUUGGUGUUUGUGACCACUGAGAACUCUCUUCUUCAUUCGCCUUGGCUUUCUAAGAAAGAUGAAGUUUUGAAAAGUGUUGUUCAUGGGCGAGGUAACUGCGGUUCGUACCUUGGAUUUGUCAACGGCUUGUACAUGAAAGGGAAGCUUGUUGAGCUGGAUGAAGAUGUCUGGCUUUUAUUGACGGAUCAGAUACGUAACAGAUCACACAGUAUCCGAACUGGUUCCCUUAUUUUUGUCAGAAAUGUUCAUUUUGUGAAUACCAAAUUUUCUUGGGGAAAAGUGCUUAUACUUGGGGCAUGUUUUAAGACCAGCAUCACAGUUGAGAAAUUUUCACCGUUUGAAACGAGUUGUCUUGUAGAUUCAUGUUUGCAGACAUCUCUGAGCCGAUUCGUUCAGUCUUUGUCCUUUCCUGCAAGAUUUUGGACACUACUCGUCAGUUCAUGCUUCCAGAACUUUGACAGAAUGCCAUCAGACAAGGAAAGCUUGAGAUCAUGCCAGGAGGAUGAACUGACAAAGAUGUAUGCAGAGUCACGAAUACCACCAUCCAUGUUUAAACCUAGGUGCGGGCUUUUUACUGAAUUCUGCAUGCAUGAAUCUUGCGGAUGCAAUAGUGAAGCUCGUGAUUUCAACCUAAAACUUGUCAUGCCUAUCUCAAGUUUUGUCCACCAUUACAAGGUCUUGCUGGAUGAAUUGCUUUCUCGGAUUAGUAAAGGUGACACCCAGUUUAUUGCUAGUAAUUGCUCAAGUCAUCCAUCUUCAAUUCGGAAAAGAUACGGUCAUACAAAUGUAAAGAUUCUAAAAAGUGAAGAUAUUGGUGUUAUCUUGCUUGGAAGAUUGAAGAUUUCAGCUUCUGGAAUACUACAGUUGCAAGACAAAACUAGCCGAAUUGAUGUCCUGAUGUCAGACCUUCUAAGUGAUAGAAAUUCCUGCAGGAUAUAUGAGGUUUCUGAUUUUGACCUCACUAUGGAAAUACCUGAAUCAAUGCCCCACAUCCCGUUUCUUCAAAGGCCACUUCACCAUAAAAUUUUGGUUGAUCCCACUUCAUUGGCCAGAGACAACACCUUGACAGUGCCAUUUUCUCUAUCGUUUGGUGCUGCAAGCUGUAGAAAUGUUCUCGUCGAUCAGUCUAUUGACAGGAGGCAUGAUCUCAAUGAGUUCAAAGGGGGAAGGUUUCACUUAUUUAGGGUGACCCAUAAAUUUCCAAUUCUCAAAAAAGAUUUUCCAGGAAUGCCUGACUGCACCAGUGUUUUCAUCGAAGCUGUAAUAAUUCCAUGGGAACUCAUUUGCACUGUUACCGAAGAAGACGCAGCGGCUGAUGAAAGCAAGACCUCCCGAGAAGAACAUCCACGUAAGAGAUGUAAAAUUAAUAAUUCAUUAGGGACGGAAAGAGUAUUGUCUGUACCGCAUGAUAUUUCCUGCGACAUUACCAUCCGAUGUUCAAGUAGUCACUGUUCGACCAUAGCAGCAACUCUGUCUAAUUUAAUGGAAAAGAAAAGUGGUAACAUGAGCAGUCUGAAGCGUGUGCUGUUAGAAUUCAUACCUGAAUGCAAAAAUUAUAAUGGGUUGCAGAUUGGCGGUUACUAUUUGACGAAGCAUGACAUUGACGAUCCUUUUUGUUUUGGACGGUCUAGCAUAUCUAACAAUGAUAAAAUCAAUAUUAGACCCGAAUCACGUUUAUGGAGUCUGGAACUUUCUUUUGGUGAAGUUUUAACCCAUGAUGGAUCUAUGGAUGUAUAUCCUCUGGUGUCUUCUCAACCAUCUCCUGCGGUGGAACAACGAGAUUUUUCUUGUCCACAACGUUUUUCAGAUGUUUCGCUUCUUCUCCCUUAUGAUGCAAAAAUUCUCUUCUCAGCAUAUCUUAAGGACUUGGACGAACUUAAUAAGCCAGUCCUAGGUGGAAAAGAUAGAGAUAAUACUCAGGAAGAGAUUAUAAUGCAUUCAGUGCCGUCUCAACCACCUAUUUCCAACAGCUUGUUUCCUGAGGGAAACCUAGCGACUUUCAGAGGUGAUGUAGUAGCAGUUGAUGAUGUUGACUCCAGUGUCAUCAGCAGCUAUUGCAUUCAUGUUCGAGUCGAUUGUCAAAUUGUGAAGAUUUUUGGUCCACUUAGAAGGCACUCAUAUCUCAUUGGAUUUGGCCCUGGGGUGAAUGCAACAUUCUACCGGAUUCUUGGAACUAGAGAGGAAAAUAGGUUUCUAUUGUCAUCAGCAUCUUUUGUCAAAAUUAACUCACGAAAGGCAUUGGAUGGUCCAGCUUUAGACGAACCGAUUCAUCAAACUGCUAUGGGUCUGCCUAAAAUUAGACCUCAGGAAUCCUCAGGAUACAAGGAUAAUCGGCAAAUUAACUUUGUCUGCAAGGUUGUUUCAGUUCAUCUUCUUGUUCUCCAAGCGAGAUCUGAUGAUCCUUCAGAAAACAAAUGUGGGGAAAAUAUUGAUAUACCGCUUGCAGGAUUUGUGGUAGAUGAUGGAUCAUCAACUUAUCUUUGCUGGACGAGUGGGGAAAGAGCGUUUACAUUUCUUAGGCUGCACGAAGAAUUGCCUGAAAACGACAUUGAUGUGGACCAGUGGAUCAGAAGCGACAGCAGCCGGUGCACAACAGCUUACCAUCUUGAAAAAAUAGUUUGGGUUCACAAGAGAAUAGUGAUUAAGGUCAAUGGAUCACAGAAUGAUGCACUCUUUCAAUACGUCACCAUUGAUGUUGCUUCACAACAACUUCUCGCCGAGUCUGAGGAGGAGUUCCUCAAGUUGUUGAUACUAAAUGCCACUAGCGGCCCCAUAUGGGAUGUUAAGGCGAGCUCAAUGGACAUGAAUAUGAUUCAGCAUGUGGAGAGAGAACAGUGUGUGGAGAUGGAUGCUUUAGGGCUUACUCGGCGGAACGUUUGGGGCGAUGAAAUAUGUCAAGUGGAUACGUUGGUCCGAGCUUGGAGCUUACUCCAAGGUUUGCUAAUUACGUGAUCAUGAUUUUUUGGGACAAUGAAUUAUCCCGAAAGUAAUUCUUUUUAGUUUAGUUUUUAUGGUUUAAUUCAUUUUUGUCAAUGUUCAUUUAUUUACUAGUAAAUGUAAGGUGAAAACAAUGAAGAUGGUUGCGAGAAGAUCUAGGCUUUCUCAUAGGGUUUCUACUAGGUCACAGCAUAGAAUUUGGUGUAGGUCUAGAAACAAAAAGAAUUUUAAAAUUGAGGAUAAUAGUGAAAAUCAAUAUUACUAAAUUGAAAAUUUCUUGGGUUCAUCUCUAAUCAAUCAAAAAUUAGCUUAUUAAAUAUAAUACUACGGAUAUAGCCCCGCGCAGUGCGGGGUCGUGAUAUCUAAAAAAAUUUUCGAUUUAUGUUCAUGAAUUUGACAUCUAGCAACAUUUUUUUUCAAGAAUAUGUCAGACAUUGAUUAUAUAUCCACUCAGAUUCAACAUCUGAUACGCUGACUAAUUGACAUCCUCAUUAGCUAUCCAGUAAAUCCGCAACCUGUGUAAAUAUAAGAAAAUAAUAAUCAAUCCUAAUUUAGAAACCCCCCACACAAUAGUAAAACCCUUUAUUAAACAUAGCGUAAUAAUAUAUACAUACCCAGAAAAAUAGUCAAGGCGAGAUUUUUUAACAGAAAUAAAAAAUGAAUCUCCAUGAGCUCCUUUCAGAUCUAUGCGAACUCUCUCGGUCCGUUCAAAAAGUUGUGUUUUUUUUAUUGGUUUUUCCUAUAGUUAUCAGCUGUGUAAACAAUUUUGUUCGCCUCCUCCUUGAAACUACCAGUGUGUUCUAAUUCAAACUAGUUUCAUAGCCUCUGCGCAGGCGCAGGGCCGGGAAUAUUAUCGACACGUCAGGUAUUUUUGUGUACGUGAUUUUGUUAUUUGAAUAUGUUGUUGAAUAGUUACGGGAUUUUGUAUUAUUAUUAUUUCUGGAAUUGUAAGUAAUGAGAAAAUGAAUUCCGAGUUUAAA